AUGGCCACCAACAAGACAAGUCAGAGAUACCAGGCGUCCUGCCACUGCCAGCUGAUCCGCUACACCGUCACGCUCUCCCCGCCGCUGCACGACCCCGAGAGUUGGGUCGUCGAAUGCAACUGUUCCAUCUGCGCGCGCAACGGGUACCUCAACGUUUACGUGCAGAACGAGUGCAUCCAGUUCGACAACGUGGAUCUGAAUAGCAACCUUGUCGAGAAAUACCGCUUCGGCAAGGAACGUGUGCAGCACUACUUUUGCAGCCGCUGCGGCAGCAGUCUGAUGGCGGAGAGCAUCGAGCCGGGCUUCUACGAGGGCGUCAAGGCGCUCAAUGUGCGGAUGUUCCAGGGGGUCGAUGUGAGGACGCUGCAGCGGCGGGAGGUGGACGGACGUAGCUUGUGA